AUGCGAGAAUUUACGGACGAACAUGGACUUCCCAAAUUACCACUAGCUUCGUUGGAGAGGACUUUUGCAGAAUUAGAGGAAUGUAUAAAACCACUCUGGUUUGCUGACGGCUACUACAAGCAUCCUCUCGAUCCGGAACAUGCGUACGAUCUGUCCGGCAAAAUUACUGAUUUCUUGAAAAGCAGCGUCUCAACGAAGCUUCAAAGAAAAUUGGAGGAAUUCUACGGAUCGAAAAAAUGUUAUUUCGAUGGGCUGCAUUUGGAUAUCGACGGUUAUCUGGGAACUGACGGCCAUCACGACGUUCUUCCACGGAAUCCGUUCCUUGUACUUGCUGAGGACGCUGUGCCUGAUAUUUCUCAGGCAGAAAGAGCUGGAAUUUUGUGUUACUCCGCUGUGCGGUUUGCUUCAGCGCUUAAACGCGGUUUACUUGCCCCAGACAUGGGCUCCGGGGGUCGCAGACUUUCUAUGUCCGCAUAUUCUAAUCUUUUUGGGUCUACCAGGUGUCCCGUUUUCAGAGAGGGCGAGAUCGAUGCCUUUGAUCUCAACAGGGCAUAUCACGAAAACGAUCUGGACGACUACGACUGCGGUCCACGUGAAGCUUGGUUUUCAAACGACGACGAACCUGCCCGGUGUAACGGGAUCACCAUGAGAACUGCGCCAGAUUCCAAACAUGUUUUGAUAAUUUCGAGAGGCCAAUACUAUACUUUAGAGGUUUUGGAUCAAGACAACGAUUUGAUUUACAACGAGCUGGGAUUGGCAGAUGCGCUAAAAAGCAUUCUGGAAGACUCUUCCAAGCCGCAAAACGCGCCGCAGAUCACCGCCCUUGGAAGUUUGACCUCAUACUCGAUGAAGACAUGGAGAUACGCGCGGAAAAGACUCCAAAAGCGGUUUCCUGAGGAGAUGAAGACCAUCGACACUGCACUUUUUGUUCUUGUACUGGAUGAGUCUGUCGGUGCUGGUCUUGGUUUUAGCGAAUGCAAGAGAUUAUUUAAUGGCACCAGUGUCAUAGAUGAAAACACGGGAUUUCAAACGGGGUCUUGUAUUUCGCGGUGGUAUGACAAAUUACAGGUCAUCGUUACCGCGGAUGCUAAAGCGGCGGUCGUGUGGGACUCUUAUACUUGCGACGGAUCAGCUGUCUUACGUUUCACGUCUGAUAUGUACGCAGAGUCCAUCCUACGGUUGGCUCGAGAGGUAAAUGGCGAUGACCCAAACUUUUCUCUGUGGCCCUCGGUCUCCAUGCGUGCUGGAGAUGGGGAAGAAUUCAUUGCGGCGGCCAAUGUGCGGAAGAUUGUAUGGUCUUUUAGCAAGAUUUUGAAAACGCACAUUCAUUUAUCUGAAACCAAUCUGACAGAUCUCAUAAGCAAGCACGAUAUUGUGCAAGUACGGAUACCAUAUGGCCGUCGAGCAGCUCAGCAAUACGGGGUGAAAGCUGAUUCUCUAAUACAGGUGGCUUUGCAGGUAGCGCAUUAUGCCCUUUAUGGCAAAAUGGCGUUUACCUGGGAGCCGGCAUCGACGCGCUAUUUUCAAAAUUGUCGAUCCAGCUGCGUCCCUAUUCAAAAUCAGCGCAUGCUUGAACUGUGUCAAGUCUUUAUUUCUAACUCUUUGAGUGAAACUGAUAAACUCGAAAUGUUUCUUGAUGUGUGCCAUUCGCAUACCCGCUCUCUCGAUGAAACAAAACAUGGGAGCUCAUUUGAGAAACAUUUUGCCGCGCUGCGUUAUUUAUUUCGAUUUCAUCGCCAUUUCGGCAUUGAAAUGGAAAAAGAAGAGCUGAAGAUUGCGUCUUCUCUUUUCACCAGCGAGAUGCUCGUACCCCUCCUGGCGCCAGAAAUUAUUGCUGCAAACUGUGGGAAUCCAGCAAUGCUCGCGUUUGGGAUCAACCCUGCCGUUUCGCAAGGUUUUGGCAUCGGUUACAUCAUCAAAGAUGACCAAUGCGAACUCACGGCCACUUCUCAGUUCCGGCAGGGAAAUAGGCUUUUGUUUAUGGUGCAUAGUGUUCUAGCCGAAGUGGAUGAUUAUUGGAACUCAAAUAGAAGUACGAGCAGCUCUUCUGCGACAACCGCAGUCCCAAUAAAUGAAAAGCUCUAUGAGCUCGAUAAUGCUGGUGCAAGUGGGAGACAUAAGGGCCCACGUUUGGUUCAGGGAGGAAGUUUAAAUCGUGGAUUUGGUCUAUUUGAUCUCAACGAGCACAUCAAGAGUCGUUCUCCUUCGCAGCACGGCUCUAGGAAUAAUUCCUCAGCAAAACUUAACGAACUGCAUCGGCAUGAGGAAUUCGCACCAAGUCACCUUUUUGAAAGAUUAGACGCUACUAAAGAGGAAAUGGAGUCCACCGGACGUCAAAUUCUCUUGAUCAAUCCAGAACAGAAGCUCUCGCAGGAACCAUCUUUCUCGAAGCUAGAAUCCUCGCCGCGUCCAAAAUCGAAUGUUAUCAGUAGUAGGUUUGACAUUGAUUUUGAGAGAGGACUAAUUGGGAAGAAGGUAUUCCAAACAUCACAGUAG